UUAAGGGUAUAUUAAGGCAAUCAAUUGCUAAACAUAACUUAACUUCAACCAUUCACAUUCUUAUAUCCCUUACAUACUUACUAUUUACUUUAUUAAACUCGCGGUCAAAAUGACAGGUGUGGAAGUUCAAUCAAAGGAUCUUCACGCAACCCAAUUGUCACCCGCUCAGGACCCUUUCUCGACAACAGAGGGAGUUGUUCUGUCCACCGAAACCUCAAUUGCCGAUGAGGACGUCAUCCAUGACAACAAAACUGAGAACUCAACGGUUAUUCUCUUAACACCGCAAUCAAGUCCCGAUGGUGAAACACAUCGACUUCCUUUCUCACCGGAAACCCAGCUCCCCCCAAAACCUUGUCACUUUCCCAAGGAAAAUGAAUCCUCAAACCCAAACGUUUCUUCGAUCGUCGAUUCAAAUACACUCUAUGACAAUUCUGAAAAUCAAACCUACCUUAUGCCUCCUCCGUUCCUUGCACCAGCUGUUUACCCCAUGGCUCCAAUGAACAUUCCCACCGCUUACGUUCAAACUGGUUACCUUCCUGCACCCUACAUGAAUUAUGCUGAUCCUCAAACUUCCGUUUUAAAAGCAUCAAACGUAUACCCACAAACACCUCAAUUUUAUAACAAUUGGGCCCAAAAACCUAUGAACCAACCAUUUAAUCCUCUUAACCCUCAAACUAUGAAACAACCUUAUAUGGAAAACUCUUUACCUCCUCAAUGCGUCACACAGUUGACCAACCCUACAAUGCCGCCAAUGUUUGCCGAAAUGCCUCAAGCCAAUCAGACGCCUUAUCCCCCAAUGAUGAAUCCUGGCCUACUUUCAGCUCCUUAUGGUCCUCCAAGUAUUGCGACAGCAGCUCCUUUUAUUCCUCCUAUUCCAGGCAAUGGUUUACAGAACUACGUUAUUCCCUUUCCCGUGCUAAAAGAUCCAGCCUCUCAAAAUAAUGAAUCUCUUCCUAAAGAAAUCACAGGUUAUGAUCAAAAUCAAUUGCUCGCUCUAGCGUUGGUUCAGCCUGCUAUUCCUCCUGCAAUUCCGAGUAUGUUUCCCGCUGGCAGUGCGAAUGAAAGCAAGAAAGCAACAACUGUAGAUGCGAAUGACAGAAAUGUAUAUAUUCGCGGUCUUCCCCCAAACACAUCCGAUGAACUUUUGUUGAUGUACGUUCAACGAUUUGGAUUAAUUGAAAGCAGCAAAGCCAUUAUUGACAUAAACAACAACACUUGCAAAGGCUAUGGUUUCGCCUGCUUUCAAAAACAGGAAGACGCGUAUCUUUGCAUUGCUUGCAUGUCUCUCUGUGGCUAUCAAUGCUCAUUUGCCAAAGAAAGCUUUAGUUCUCGUCUCAAGAGUCUCCAGGAUCGGGAUAGCACUAAUCUUUAUAUCUCGAACUUACCUCCAGAUUGGACGGAAGAUGACAUUCUUAAACUUCUCAACAGCGAGAAAGUUGUUUCCGUUCGAGUAUUACGGGAUAACAACAAUCGCUCAAGAGGAGUUGGUUUCGCUCGAAUGCAAGAUCGCGACACGGCCGAAAAAACAAUUGAAGAAUUUAAUGGCCACAUCAUUUCUCAAGAACUUCCCCAACUUCUAAUUCGGUUUGCAGAUUCUCCCGAGCAAAAGAGUUUCAAAGGUCGUACCCAAAAACGGAGAAUGUGGAGAGCUCGUGAGUAUAACGUACUGACCAAAAAUAUGGUGAACAAGGAACCGCCUAUGAUGCCAGGUUAUGACGGAUUUUCGGGCCCCAAAGGAAUGCUUCCAAACAUGGGUGUUUACUACGUGGAGCCUCCGGUGAUUAAUGUGCCAACUGAAAAUUAUAGAUGGUCAAACCCAUCGAAGAAUCAAACAGAAAACAGUCGUGAAAAGCAAGAAACAAAUGAAACCACAAACCCUACGAAGUCAAACACUCGCAAGAAGUCUCAGCCCUUCCAACGCAACAAAUCACAGAACAAGAAGAAACAGGAACUUAACAAAGUAAACUGAUCACAUCGAUGCGCCGCACAGCUAAUCACUUCUCUUAUUAAACUAUGCUUUCUACUAUGCAUCUAAUCUUUACAAUGGAAUCUUCAUCAACACUACCUAUCCGAGAUCUAUUACCACUUUGUGAGUCCACUAAUAUAAUUAUAUUGUUUAUUCUAAACACGGGUGAUAUGCAUGGAACAGCUUUUUUAUGGCAAAGAAAGAGAUAAAUUAGAAACAAGAUUUCAGCAUGAAAGGGGCCAGGGAAGAGGGUAAAAACGGAUAA